GAUACCAUUCUUUUGCAGAAAAAAAUAUUUGGUCGAAAACAAUUCCGUAGAAUACGAACAAUGUUAAGACGUUUGGAUCGACUUGAAAAAUUAUUAACGAAAAAUGAAUGUGACAAUAAUCCCUGUCAAAAUGGUGCUACAUGUGAAGAUGGUUUUAAUCAAUAUUUUUGCCGUUGCCGUUCAGGAUUUAUGGGUCAAAAUUGUGAACAAGAUGUUGAUGAAUGUGUCCAAUAUCAGGGAACCGAAUUAGGUUGCCAAAAUGGUGGUACUUGUUUGAAUAUUUUUGGCAGUUUUGUCUGUCUUUGUCCAGCAAAUCAUCAAGGUCUUCGUUGUAAUAUCGAAUUCAAUGAUUGUCAUAAUGUUAGUGAUCAUGAAAUCUGUGGUCAAGGCUUAUGUUUAAACAUACCACGAACUCAGAACAAAGUGGCCGCAUUCCGCUGUGUUUGUUUUCAAGGUUUUACUAAAUCAAAUCCAAAUAUUGAAAGUGCUCCAUGUGAUGUAGAUGUAGAUGAAUGUCGUCUAGGUAUCGAUAGAUGUUCAAAAGAUCCACCAGUUGAUUGUAUCAAUACUCGAGAUGGUUAUCAAUGUGGUCCUUGUCCUUCUGGAUAUACUGGUGAUGGUUUUCAUUGUAAUGCAUAUGACCGUUGUUUGAUCAAUAAUGGUGGCUGUUCAAUAUCUCCACGUGUCUCAUGUUUUCCUUCCAGUUCAUCAGAUCGAGUUGUUUGUGGUCCUUGUCCACCAGGUUAUGUUGGUGAUGGUAUUACUUGUUCAACUGUUGAUGGUGAUAUUUGUUCAACCAAUAAUGGUGGUUGUUCACCGGAUGCAACAUGUAUUGCUAAUGUUGCCAUAUCAGCAAGAUUUCGACAAUGCCGAUGUAAUGAUGGCUACACAGGUUCAGGUGAAGGAUCACAAGGAUGUCAACGAAUCAGUUCAUCUGCAACAAAUUGUAUUAAUAAUCCUUGUCAACACGGUGCAUCAUGUAUGUCUUAUAUUCAUCAUGGCGUAUCGGAUGUAUAUUGUAUAUGUCCACCGGAUUAUACCGGAAGAUAUUGUGAAAAUCAAGCUAAUCUAUGUCGAACAAAUCCUUGUCAAAAUGGCGGUCGUUGUAUCAAUAAUCAUGGAGUUCAUUAUUGCCAAUGUUCAAAUGAAUAUAUGGGAAUCAAUUGUGAACAACAACGUGACACUUGUGGUGGACAAUUGGAUUCACCAGCUGGAAUUCUUUCAUUUCCAACUACAAACUCAUCAGCAAAUACCUAUGCAGAUAAUGUAACAUGUAUAUGGGUAAUUCAAAAUAGUCAACAAAGUACGAAAGUUUUGAAUAUAACAUUUACUCGUUUCAAAAUGGAACAAUCACCCGGUUGUGCAUUUGAUUUUCUGGAAAUUUUUGAUGGUCCAUCACGAGAAUAUCGUAAUUUGGGAAAAUUUUGUGGCUAUAAAAAUCUGCCAAAAGGUGGCAAUAUUAUCACAUCGUUCAAUUCAAUUUAUUUGAAAUUUCGAUCCGAUCCAAGUGUAGCACAUGAAGGUUUUUCAUUAACAUGGGAUACAAUCAAUCCAAAAUGUGGUGGUUUAAUUAUGAAUCGAACAACUGGUAUAAUUGAAUCGCCUGGUUAUCCACAUCAUUAUCCAGCUAAUCGGGAUUGUCAUUGGGAAAUAAUAGCCGAUUAUGGAAAACGUAUACAAUUCAUUUUUACCGAUUUAGACAUUGAACCAAGUCCAAAUUGUACAUUUGAUUAUUUAAUAAUACGUGAAAGUUUAUCUCGUCUUCCUUCAUCGAUUCGAACGAUCAAUUCUAAUGCCGAUGCUAUCAAUAUUAUAGCACGUUAUUGUAAUUGGACUGCAUCACCUGAACAAUCUAUUCCACCACCAAUUACAACAAGUGGUUCAUUUGCACGUAUCCAUUUUCAUUCUGAUCCUGGUAUACAUAGCCGUGGUUUUCAUCUGGUUUUCAAUCAAAUACCCGGUGUUUGUGGUGGUAUUCUUACCGGAUCCAGUGGUAUAUUUCAAUCACCAAGUACAGCUUAUACAUCAACAACAACUGGUCGUACAUUUCUUAUCUAUCAAAAUAAUAUUGUUUGUGAUUGGUUAAUUCGUGUAAUGCCAAACGAAAGAAUUUCAUUAAGAUUUUUAAGUUUUGCAUUAGAAUCCGAUACAACAGUGAUGAGAUCUCGUAAUCGUUCAGGUCUUUGUACAUUCGAUUAUGUUGAAAUAUAUGAUGGAGAAUCAUAUGAAUCACCAUUACGUGCACGUCUAUGUGGCCGUAUUAUUCCACCUGAAAUAAUUUCUACAGGUCGAUUUUUACGAGUAAAAUUUCGUUCCGAUAUGAGUGUUGCCUUAAGAGGUUUCGUUGCGAAAUAUCAAGCAUUAUGUGGAGGUGAAUUCAGUGAAUUACAAGGACGAAUUGAAUCACCAAAUUAUCCAGCACCAUCAUUAUUAUCGAAGAAUUGUACAUAUCAGAUUAAUGUUCCAAUCGAUCAUAUUAUUGAAUUUACUGUUGAACAAAUGGAUAUUGAAUUUGAUCAUCGUUGUAUGUUUGAUUAUCUAAUGGUACAAGGAAAACGUUAUUGUGGCCAAAAUCCUCCACCACCAUUCUAUUCGAUGAAUAAUGAGCUUAAAAUUUAUUAUGUUAAUGAUGAAUCUAAACCAUCAAUAGGUUUUAUUGGAAGUUAUCGAUCAAUUGAAAUUGGUUGCGGUGGUGUUUUAAAACAAGGUGAACCAAUGAUUGCUAUUUCGGCUGAACGUCUUGUUACAUCGUCGAUAGUGAAUCAAUGUUUUUGGGAAAUUCGUGCUAAUCAAUCACAUCUGGUUAUGUUGAAAUUUUUUCAUACAGAAAUUUCAUCAUCAUUAUCAAUGUCAAACGGAAUUCAAUCGGAUGAAUCACAUUAUUCCAUCGAACGUACAACCAAUUGUUAUGAUCAUUAUAUUAUGGUCAAUGAUUCGGAUGGAAGUUUAAUUAAAAAAUUUUGUGUCGAACAACUACCACCUCCACUUAUUUCGACAGGAAGUAUAAUGUUUGUCACUUAUGUUCUUAAUAAUACACAGCCUAAUCAAGAAUUUGAUUCGAUGGAUUCAAAUUCCACUAAUGCUACUAGACUCACAACAGUACCAACAACAACAAUAUCGGCGAUACAACCAAGAUUUGAUCGAAUGAUAAUGCGAUCAUUCUAUGCUACUUAUCAUUUUGUUCCUGCACGAUCAUUUUGUGAUAAAAAUAUUUUCAAAAAUAUUGGUGUAAUCCGUUCUCCUAGAUAUCCACGACGAUAUCCUGCAAAUCGUAAUUGUACUUGGAUUAUACACGUAGAUAAUGGUCUUCAAAUUCAUUUGAAUUUUACUCAAUUUCGUUUAGAACCAGCCAGUGAAGUAAAUAGUCGAUGUUAUGAUUAUCUAGAAAUUCGUAAUGGUCGUCGUCCAGAUUCACCAUUAAUCGGACAAUUCUGUGGUUCUGGACCAAUUCCAGAUAUCAUAUCGCAUAGUAACUAUCUAUUCAUACGUUUCAUUUCGGAUCCAUCAAUGCAAAACAAAGGUUUUGAAGUUUAUUAUGAAGCAAUGGCAACUGGUUGUGGUGGAACAAUGACAGCUGAAUCUGGUAGCAUUGAAUCACCUGGUUAUCCAGAUUAUUAUAUCAACAAUAUGAAUUGUGAAUGGAAAAUACGUGUAGCAGAAGGUUCGAUUAUUUCCGCCUAUCUGGUAACAUUGGAUAUGGAACGUACAAAUGCAGCUAAAAACUGUGAAUUUGAUUAUUUAGAAAUAUAUGAUAGUGAUAAUGGAAAUGAAGCAAGAAAAUCAUUGGGAAAAUUUUGCAAUCAUAAUGAUAUAUCAAGACCUCUUAUCAAAACUACUGGCAACAAAAUGUUUAUCCGUUUCGUAACUGAUGCAACCAUAAAUCGAGGUGGAUUCAAAUUAAAUUAUCGAACUGAUUGUAAUCAAACAUUGAUUGGACGUUACGGUGUGAUUGAAUCACCUAAUUAUCCAGAUCCACAUCCACAUAAUUUGAAUUGUAUAUGGCAUAUAUUAGCACCAUUAGGUAAUAAUAUUACUAUUGCAUUUUCACAACUUGUUUUGGAAACAAAUGUAGAUUGUAAAUUUGAUUAUAUUAAUAUUUCCGAAGUAAUACGACCAAAUCAAUUUCGACUUCAAGAUGUCAAUCUAUUGAAAAUAAAUGAACCAAAUGAUAUUAAAACAAAAAUGACACUUUGUGGAAAUUAUACCGGUUCAUUACCUACGAUGAUACGUAUAGAACAAAAUGAAGCUCUAAUACAGUUUAUAUCGGAUGAAACACGUUCGAUUGAAAGUGGAUUUCGUUUAGAAUGGUCAUCCACUGGUUGUGGUGGAGAAUUUCGUAAUCAUCCAAUAGGCGUUAUAUCUUCACCCGAUUAUCCAAAUUCAUAUCCAUUAAAUGUUGAAUGUUUAUGGCAUAUUUAUGCCGAACCUGGUUACAAAAUUGAUCUUAUGAUCGAAGAUUUAGACAUUGAAUUAUCAAAUGAUUGUGUUUAUGAUAAUCUUCAGGUAUUCAGUGGUAAUAAUGAUCGUAAUUCUCCUUUAUUAUUAAAACAAUGUAGUCGUACAUCAAAUAUUCAUCUAUCUUCAUAUGGUAAUGAAAUGACAAUUAAAUUAACAUCCGAUCUAUCCAAUUCACAUCGUGGAUUUAAUGCUACAUUUCGAACUACUGAACGAGGCUGUGGCGGUACUUAUUUGGCUGAAAAAGGAACAAUUACAUCGCCUAAUUAUGGUGGUGGUAAUCAUUAUGAUCCAAAAACCGAUUGUUCUUAUCGAUUAAUGGCUGAAGAAAAUUUUGAUAUUGAAUUAAUUGUCAAUGAUUAUGAUAUACCUAAAUCUAUAAACUGUUCAGCAAGCUAUCUGGCCAUUUAUGAUGGAUUUUUUGAUGAAUCGGAUUCUGUACUUUUGGCAAAGUUCUGUGGUCAAUUAUCACAACCAACCAAAGAAGAAUUGAAAUUUCGUAGUAAUAAUUCUGUACUAUCUGUUCGAUUAUUUUCCGAUGGACUACAUACUGGUCGUGGUUUUAAUAUUACUUAUCGAAAAGUUUGUGGAAAAACAAUCAUAAUCGAUGAUCAAGAACAAUAUCAAAAUAUAUUAUCACCAAAUUAUCCUCAUCGAAUUAAUCAGGAAAAACCAUGUCAUUUUAUAUUGAAAACAUCAAAACCUGAAGAUAGGCUAACUGUUCGUUUUACACAUCUCGAUACAACAAAUAUUGAUCCUGGUCAGAUUCCUUGUGAAUUUCUUAAAAUCGAAAUUUAUGAAGGACGAGAACAAUUACCUAAUAAACGAUUACAACAGAUUUGCAAUCAUAUAAUACCACCACCAGUUGUAUCACAAGGUGAUACACUUCUUUUAAUUGUUCAAGCUGCCAUAUUUCGUGCCUUAGUAUCAUCGAUUCAUUCAUUUUGUGGUGGUGAUUUUCAUAAUACUGAAGGCUAUAUUGCAACACCUGGAUAUCCAAAUAGCUAUCCAUUAAAUAUUGAAUGUAUUUGGGUGUUGGAAGCAGCACCAAGUAAUCGUUUUGAAUUGGAAUUUGUUGAAAAUUUUGAUAUUGAAUCAUCUGAUUAUUGUAAUAAUGAUUAUCUGGAAAUUCGUUUAGAUAAUUCAAGUGGAACAAUUCUUGGUCCAAAUGGUCAACGUUUAUGCGGGCAAUUUGAUGGUAAACAAAAACCAUUACCACAAAUUCAAAUUGAUUCACCAGGAAAUUUAUGGAUAAAAUUUCGUACUGAUGAUGUUGGCGUUGCAAAAGGAUUUCUUCUUCAUUUUCGAAUUGCAACUAUCACUUAUCUUUCUUCUUCAAACGGAAUGAUUGGAUCACCAGGUUGGCCAAGUGGUUUUUAUUUUGAAAAUGUUACAUUUAUUUGGUAUGUUGUUGUACCACAUGAUCAUUAUAUCAAAUUAGAAUUUCAAGAAUUUUCACUUCAUGGUGAUCAAAUUAUCAAUUUUUGUCCAUUUCAAUUAUCAAUCUAUAAUGGUAUUGUAGAUUUUAGUCAAAUUUCAUCAUCACUUACCGAACAAAUAUCAACCAAUUUACAAUCAUCAAUUUUUCCUGAACCAAAACAAUCUUAUUGUGGUCAACAACUUCCAAAUGAUUUUAUUGCCGAUUCAAAUGCAAUAACAUUAAUGUAUAUGAGAAAAUAUGAUGCAUAUAUUCCAUCGAAACAAAUCAAAUUUUUACUGAAAUGGUCAAUGCUUAAUGGUACUGAAUAUACAAAUAUAAAACAAAAUAUUGGUAUACCAGAUAAUAUUAAUACAACAUUUAGUAUAUUUAUUGAUCAUGGACAAUCAUAUAAUUUAUUGUCAGAAAAUUUCACUUCAUAUGGAAACGAUAUUGAUUGGUAUUUUCGUACAAAACAAUCAAUGCAUAUGAAUGUUACCGUUGAUCUUAUGGCUAUAAAUCCUCAAUCAUCAUGUUGGUCAAAUAAAAUGACAUUAUAUGUUUGGCAAACAACAAAACAUCGAUGGCAAUCAAUAAAAACUAUUUGUAGUCGUAUGACUGAACCAAUUGAAAUUCGUGAAAGUAAUGAAUUUCGUUUAAAUUUACGUUAUUUUAAAAAAUUUGAAAGUUUUCCAGUGAAAGCCAACUAUAAUUUAACAAUAACUCCAAUUUGCGGUGGAAAUCUAACCGAUCAACCGAAUGGUGAAAUCGAUUCAUCAGAAGAUAUUGAUGAACAAAUUCGUGGUAUUAAAAUAUGUGAAUGGAAAAUUAAAGUACGUGAAGGGCGAACGAUAAGAUUUCAUAUAGAAUUUUAUUCGAUUGGAUUUAUUAUCGAUUCAUCUACAUGUCAAAAUAGAGGUGAAUCAUUAGAAAUUCAUAAUGGUCAUUCAAUUGAUUCACCAUUAUUGACACGUCCAUUAUGUGGUCAUGCAACAACAUGGUUUACAUUAUCAGAUACAAGUACAAAUUAUGCUUAUGUUGUAUAUCGAAGUAAACGUGCAACAAAUUCAUUUCGAAUACGUUAUGAAGAAAUUGGUAUUAAAUGUGGUGGUGAAUUUGUUAUAAAACGUGCUGGUGAUGAUGUUAUAAUAUCAUCACCAGAUUAUCCGGAAUAUCCUAAACAUGAUAUUAUUUGUGAAUGGAUAAUUCGUGGUCCAUUAGAUUAUGGUAUACAGAUUACAUUUGAACAAGAAAAAUGGUCAUCAUGUGAUAAGAAUAAUUCCUAUCUUGAAGUAUAUAAUGGCGGUUCUGAAUUAUCCGGAUUAAUUGAACGAAUUUGUAUACCAGCAUUCAAUCAGAAUACUAUAGUUGUCAAUUCACAUAUAACAUUGAUUCGUUAUGUAUUGAAAAAAGUUUCAUUUCAAUCAAGAUUUAAAGCAACAAUUACGAUUGAAGGUUGUAAUCGUGAAUAUUAUGUUCCAUUUGGUAGUUUUCUAACCGAUAAAAAUGGUUUAUCAAAAUUAGAAGAUGAAUAUCAAUUUCCUAAAUUUCGAUAUCGUAAUCAAAUCAAUUCAUCUAUAAAAAAAUCAACACAAUUUUCAUCCAAUCUAUGUACAAUUCGAUUAUUGACACAAGCUGAUUUUUUUAUCACAUUAAAUAUUACAUCAAUAUUGUUACGUGGUAAAGAUUGUACAAAAGGUGAUAUAAUUGAAAUUAAAGAAAAUUCCAAUUCCCCUACAAAUCUAAUGAAAUUAUGUUCACCUAAAAAUGAAACAACAAAUCCUUUAAUUAUUACAUCUCAAUCGAAUGAAUUAUUUAUUAUUUAUAAACAAAUUAAUAUCGAACCAAAUGUUGAUGGUGGUGAUAUUGGUGUCGAUAGAUUUAAUAAUGAUCAUUCAAUUGGAAUCAAAUUUUAUGCAUUUGCUAAAUAUAAACGUUGUUAUCAUUUUAUUGAUUUACGUCAAACAACAACCGGUCUAGUAUUUUUGCCAACAGAUAUUCGAUCAAAUACUCGUCGUGUAUCAUGUCAAUGGUUAUUUUACAAUGAUCCUGGAAAUUUAAUCAAAUUAACAUUUUCUUGGUUUAAUUUUGGUCAAUUUCCAGUAGAAAUGAAUGAUAAUGAUGAUGAUGAAACGAAAAAAAAGAAAAAUAAAAAACAAACAUUACGUUGUAAUAAACUUAUGAUGAUUCAACGAAAUUAUUUUGUACCACCAAUAUUGGCCAACAAAUAUGGAUGCUCAAGAUUACGGCCCAGAGUUAUUCAAUCAUUAACUCAUAUAAUGACUAUUAAAAUGUUUGCCAAAGAAUUGGAUUCGAAUGAAGGUUUUAGUUUGGUGUACACAAGUAUUAGUGGUGAAAAUAUUUGCAGUGCAAUUUUUGAUUCAUCAUAUGGUUCAUUUCAAUCAAUGGAUUUCGAUUUUAGUCAUAAUAUGACUGGUUUGAUUAGCUGUGCAUGGGAAAUGAAAAUUGGUUUCAAUCAUUCAGGUUCACUUGUCAUCGAUACGUUUGAUGUUCCAGGUGAUUGUUCAAAUUCAACUUUAAAUGUUGGACAAUUACAUUCUGGUUUAAAAAUAUUUGGAACUCGACAUCUGAUUUGUAUACCGGAAAAUAAAAAACCACAGAAAAAUGGCCUAAAAUUUAUUGUACCAAUUUUUCGUGAUUUUGAUGAAUCAUUAGCAAUCAAUCCGACAAUAUUUUUAAAUUUUAAUCGUACCAAAUCCAAUGUUUAUAAAGGAAUGCGUGGAGAAUAUUUUAUACAAAAAUGUGGUGGUUUAUUUGAUCCGAUGAUCGAACAAGAAUUUCAAUCACCAUCAUAUCCAAAUGCAUAUCCAUCAUCAACAUUUUGUCAUUGGAUAUUCAAACGAAUGAAUAUUGAUUUUGAAGCUAACAGUAUACCUGGUUAUAAAUUAACAUUCAUUGAAUUAGAUAUUGGUCAUAAUUGUGAUCAGGAUUAUUUUCUGUUACAAAUGAAUCCACGUUAUGAAUGGCAAGGUUCGGAACGAAUCUGUUCAAGUGUAAAUAGUUUACCCGUACCUAUUUAUCUGACACAUGGAAUUAUUUUAUCAUUUGUUUCGAGUCAAAAUCUUUCCAUAUCAUCAAGUUCAACAAAUCCAAGUACAUAUGAUUCAAGUCAGAGAAAAUUUCGUUUUCGUAUUGAACCAAUUUCAAAUGGAUGUGGUGGUCUUCUAGCUUCACAUCAAGGUUUUUUUCAUUCACCAAAUUAUUCGGAUAUAAGUGAUACUGACACAGGUUUUGGUGGUCAAACUAAUCAUCGUUAUCCAUUAUCGAUUGAAUGUGUUUGGACUAUAAAAGCGAUGCCAGAUUUUCAUCUUGAAUUUGAAUUUGUUUCACGAUUUGAUCUGGAACAAUCUGAUAAUUGUCAAAAUGAUUAUCUUUUGUUCGAAGAACGUAAAGGAUUAUCCACAAAUAUUGAUGAAUGGACACAAAUAUCAAAACUUUGUGGUCAUCAAACACCGAAAACAAUUAUUUCUCAAUCAGAUUUAGUUCGUAUUACGUUUCGUUCUAAUGAUAAUAUUCAAGGUGAUGGUUUUCGUGUACAGUAUCGGCAAAAAUGUGGUGGACAAUUCGAAGAUGAAUCCGGUUUUAUUUAUUCACCCAAUUAUUUUACACAAGGAUCAUAUAGUAAUGAUUUGACCUGUAUUUAUCGAAUACGACGAAAUCCAAAUGAAUAUAUCCAAAUUCAAUUCGAAGAAUUCGAUCUUGAACAUCAUACAAAUUGUUUGUUUGAUUCGGUCAAUAUCUAUCUUGGUGAUCAUCAAAAUUCAUCUACUAAACAUUAUGGUCCUUAUUGUGGUCUCAUUGCUCCUCCACGACUUGUUUCAAAUGAAUUACUUACUAUCGUUUUUCAUGCCGAUCUUAUGGUUACAAAACGAGGUUUCAAACUUCGUUAUAAUGUUACAAAAUGUGGUGGUAAUAUUACAGAUGCAGAAGGUGAAAUUAUUAGCCCAACUGGUUCUCAACGUGAAUGUGUAUGGAAUAUUAUGAUUCCCGAUGAAAGAAUGUCCGUUUCUUUGCAGAUAAUUGAAAUGAAUUUAGGCAAUGAACAUUGUCGAUAUUAUUGUUGUAAUAAUUUGAAAAUUAUGGAAACGAUAAAUGAAAUUUAUCAUCCUCCUUUAGCAUAUCUGUGCAGUAACCUAACCGAAGAGGUUACAUUCAAAUCGACUGGAAAUCAAAUGUUUAUUAGUUUGAUGCAUGAUACAUGGCAAGAUUCUUUUGUGCCAAAAUUUCGUUUACGAUAUUGGGCAUCACCUGGUCCAAAAACUAAUUGUGGUGGCCAUUUUGAUGGACAAAUGGAUGGGGUUAUCAUUACACCCGAUUUAGAUGGAGAUUCUUUUUAUGAAAAACAAUUAGAUUGUUUAUGGACAAUUAGUGGUCUUCGUGAAAAUCAAAUAUUAACACUUGAAUUUGAACGAUUCGAUGUGGCCACUAUUGAUAAUGAAACCGAUCCGGAUCGUUGUAUUCAUGGUGGUGAUUAUCUUCAAGUUUUUGAUGGUAUAACCAUACAUGCACAACAGUUAACAAUAUUAUGUGGUCGUACUAUGAUUCCAGAAAAAUUAACCAGCACAACUAAUUCAUUGUUAUUGCAAUUCAUUACAAAUCAUGAUGAUAUUUUGGGUCAUGGUUUUCGUGCACAUUUUCGUGUUGAAAAUCGUACCUGUGGUGGUACAAUUAUUUCAUCGGAAAUACCUUCAUCAUUAAUAUCACCACAAUAUCCAAAUGGCUAUGAAAGACCAUUACAAUGUAGUUGGGAAAUAUCAGGACAAUUUAAUUAUUAUCGUAUACCACUUAUUUUGAAAUUUCAAGAUCUUGAUCUAGAUUGUUCAAAUGGUGAUUAUGUUCAGAUUAUACAAUUUCGACCAUCAACUUAUGAAUCAUAUUUAUAUAGUCCAAUAACAUUAUGUUCAUCACCAGCACCAGUAAAAUUUAUGAGUGAUUCAAAUAAUCGAAUUCGUUUGAUAAUGAAAACAUUUACCGAUCCGGUAGAAACUGCAUAUGAUUAUGUUGGUAUUAAUCGUACAGCAACAUCUACAAAAUUAAUGCCAACACAACAACAACAACAACAAAGAAAAACAUUUCGUGGAUUUAAUGUUACACAUCAUUUUUCUGUUUGUAAUGAAACAUUAGAAGGACCAGAUAAUGGUUUUAUUUCAAAUAAAAAUUAUCCACAUCCAACAUUGGUUCAUAUGGGUAUAUUUUGCUAUAUAAACAUAACAGUUCCUGAAGAUCGACAAAUAUCAGUAUUUUUUGAACAAUUUUCAUUUUACAUUUGUUCACAUUCAAAUCUAACCAUUUAUGAUGGUAAUAAUGAUAAUGGUGAUGAUAAAAAACCAAAAGUAUUUGGAAUAUAUUGUGAUCAGAAAACUUUACCUAAUCCAUUGUUUACAACAUCAAAUCGAUUAUCGUUAAUUAUUCAAGCUAGAUAUCAGAUUCGAAUUCCUGGAACACCGGUUAAUCCACAUGAUAAUCGUAAUAAAAUUCUUUAUUCAAUAUCAUAUACAUCACAACCAAAAUCAUUAGUACCUGGUUGUGGCGGAAAUUUUACAAGUCUUCGUGGAUCAUUUACAUCACCAAAUUAUCCAUUUCCAUCUAUCAAUGAUCAAACAUGUAUAUGGAUGAUACAUACUAAUGGUUAUCAUACAAUUACAUUAAAAUUUGAUGAAUUUAUGAUACCUGAACCAUGUGAUACAAAUUUUAUUACAAUUUUUGAUGGUCUCGAAGAUUUGGAAGAAAAACGUUUGGCUACAUUUUGUUCAAUGGAUAAACCUGCAUCAAUACAAAGUUUAUCAAAUUCUAUGAUGAUAAAAUAUUAUUCACGAGAAAAUUUUCUACCCGGUUUUCGUGUUUCAUAUCAUGCUAAUACAAAAGGUUAG